CGGAAGCGGAAGUGGCGGCGGCGCCGGCCUGGCCUGGCCUGGCUGUAGGCAGGCGGCGGGCGGGCGUGAUGGCGGAGGCCGGGCCGCAGGCGCCGCCGCCCCCGGGCACUCCAAGCCGACACGAGAAGAGUCUGGGACUUCUUACCACCAAGUUCGUGUCCCUUCUGCAAGAGGCCAAGGACGGCGUGCUUGACCUCAAGCUGGCAGCUGACACCCUAGCUGUGCGCCAGAAGCGGCGGAUUUAUGACAUUACCAACGUGUUGGAAGGUAUUGGGCUAAUCGAGAAAAAAUCCAAGAACAGCAUCCAGUGGAAGGGUGUGGGGCCUGGCUGCAAUACCCGAGAGAUUGCUGACAAGUUGAUUGAGCUCAAAGCAGAGAUCGAAGAGCUGCAGCAGAGGGAGCAAGAACUGGACCAGCACAAGGUGUGGGUGCAGCAAAGCAUCCGGAAUGUUACAGAGGAUGUACAAAACAGCUGUUUGGCCUACGUGACUCAUGAGGACAUCUGCAGAUGUUUUGCUGGAGAUACUCUCCUGGCCAUCCGGGCCCCAUCGGGCACCAGCCUGGAGGUGCCCAUCCCAGAGGGUCUCAAUGGGCAGAAGAAGUACCAGAUUCACCUAAAGAGUGUGAGUGGCCCCAUCGAGGUGCUGCUGGUGAACAAGGAGGCAUGGAGCUCACCACCUGUGGCUGUGCCUGUGCCACCACCUGAAGAUCUGCUUCAGAGCCCACCUGCUGUGUCUACCCCUCCACCUCUGCCCAAGCCUACCCUGGAAGCCUCACGCCCAGGCAGUCCCCAGCCAAGCACCCCAGCCCCUGUUUCUGGCAGCACCGAAGUCCUGGGGGUGGCCAGCCCAGCAGCUGAGAUCACAGUUAGUGGUGGCCCUGGAACCGAUAGCAAGGACAAUAGUGAGCUUAGCUCACUCCCACUGGGCCCAACAGCACUGGACACCCGGCCACUGCAGUCUUCUGCCCUGCUAGACAGCAGCAGCAGCAGCAGUAAUAGCAGCAGUUCAUCUGGACCCAACCCUUCUACCUCUUUUGAGCCCAUCAAGGCAGAUCCCACAGGUGUUCUGGAACUUCCCAAAGAGCUGUCAGAAAUCUUUGAUCCCACAAGAGAAUGCAUGAGUUCAGAGCUACUGGAGGAGUUGAUGUCCUCAGAAGUGUUUGCCCCUCUCCUCCGCCUUUCUCCACCCCCGGGAGACCACGAUUACAUCUACAACCUGGACGAGAGUGAAGGUGUCUGUGACCUCUUUGAUGUGCCUGUUCUCAACCUCUGACUGACAGGGACAUUCCCUGUGUGGCCAGGACCCAGAUUGACCUGGGGGCUGCCUGGGGACCUCCCUCACUCACCCUUACACAGCUUGAGAGCCACAGACUCCUGGUUCCCCAGCCUCCCCUCUGCACAGUUCUGGCCACAGCUCUCAUUCCUGCUGUGGCACUCACACUGUGCUUGCUGUGUAGGGGAAAGGGGUUUAGCCCCCACCACCAUGGAGCCAAAGUGUUUGUUUCUCCUUUUCUGGGGCUUGUUCGUUGCAGGCCGAGCUGCCACCCAGUGGCACAGACCUGAGGACUCACCACUGCCCCCUUAGAGCAGCUUGUCCAGCCCCACUGCCCUAUUCCUGCUAGCGGGUCACUCUCUAGGAGAAAAGGGUGGGGUGGAACUGGGCACGUCCCAGCACCACCCCUAGCUUCCUUCGCUGCUCCCUCCCCCUUGACCCUCCAGUUCCUCCUGGACCUCCUAUGUGCCCCUUCUUCUGCUGGGCCCUUAGUCCUGACAACCUGCAGGUGGUGGUGGGGAGGUGUUAACAGGAAGGAACAGAGGUCUCCAGCUAGAAAACUGGGUGCUCUGUACCUGAGGAUUAGCCCAACCUCCUGCUGCCCCAUUGCCCCCUUUAUUUCCAUUUAUUCAUUUACCCUCAUGUAGAGCCAUUUGCAGAGAUUUAGAAAGAUUUACAGUAACAAAUGGAUUCCUAUAUAAAAGAUUAUUUUUAUACUUUUUGCAGCAAAAGGAAAUUGUAAUAUUUGUACAGUGUCCAAGUGAAUAAAAAUAAUGCCUAAGGCUA